AACAGUCCGCGCUAUAAAGAGUUAGUGAGUUACCCGACGGAUUUUCACUUGUGUUGUUCCUGUCAAGAUCCUAAGGAAGAUGGGGAAACUGGAGUUGCUGAUAAUUGGCGCGGCGUUGAUGACGACGGCGAGUGGUCUGUCCCUGCCGACGCUCAAGUUCUUCGGCGGAAACGGCGAGCCGCAGCCGGAGGCGGCCAAGCUGGAGUCGAGCAUGGAUGACGUGGACGCCGACGCCGGGAAAGCGGAGGCGGCGCCCGAGAAAAACGCCCUCGAGCACGACAACGUCUUCUCCACCCUCCACCUCCCCGGACUCCCCGGCAUCCCCCUCCCGCCCAUGCCCCCCGUCCCGGCCUUCCUCCAGCGCCCCCAGGUCAAGGCCACCAAAACCGUCAUCGUCGAGAUGACCCACUACGAGAAAACUCACCCUGUUUGCUGGACAGUUGACCCUCAGAAACCACCCUGUGAUAGCCACGCAGAUGCUAGCAGCGACGAUGUUGUCAUCAAGCCAACCGCCACCGUAACCCACAUCAAGCCUACGGUUGGUCUGAAGAACCCGUUGCCAGUAGUGACCAAGAAGCCCGUCGUGAAACCGGUUGCCAGCGAGGAGGUCGUUGAGGAGGAGGAGGACGAAUCUGCGAAGGACGCCAUCCCCGCCGAGUCCCGCGAGGGACGCUACAUCCAGUUCGGAACCCCGGUCGUCACCGCCGGCGAUGAGGUCAAGAUCGACGAAGCUCCUCAGGACAACGUGGCCGCUGCUGAAGACGAAAAGGACGCCCGGAUCAUCUCCAAGCUCAUCGGCCGCCACAACACCGUCUGGGAAACCAAGACAAUCUACGCCACCAAGACCGAAAAGGUUCAAGACCACGCCACAGCUACUCUCAUCAUCGACAACUGCGUGCCGGUCGACUCCUCGAUCCCCAAGUGCAAGGCCAAGCAACCGUUGGUAGACACCUACGGCCAGAACUACGAGGACCACUUCGACGAGAUCGAAGACGCCGACGGCGAGAAGGAAAAGGGGCGCCUCACCUUCCUCCAGAAGCUCAUCGCCCAGCAGGCCGCCCUCGCCGAGGGAGGCGCUCACUACGCCGCCCAACUGGCCGCCCAGCACGCCGCCUACCACGCCGCCCUCGCCCACAAGUUCCACUCGACCGCCGCCCAGAUCGCUCAGAACAACGCCAACAACGCCCUCGCCGCAGAGAACGCCGCUCUCGAGUCUGCCGCCCACCACCAGGAGGCCGAACACGCCGCCCACGAGAACUUGGUCAAGAUCCUGAGCAAGUACACCAAGAAAGGACAGCAGGAGGCACAGAAGGAACAGGCAAUCAAGGAACAGGCCAUCAAGGAACAGGCCAUCAAGGAACAGACUACCACCAAGGCACCCGCCAAGAAACCGGAGGCACCAGCCAAGAAACCGGUAACACCCGCUCCGGUGCCGGUGGUCCAGCCCGAACAAGAAGAUCGCUGGCGCAUCGUCGCUGAUUCCGAGGAAUAAACUCAAUCAGCUCCGAAUCCUUGGAUAUUUACCAGUGGCUCGUUUCACCAUAACCAAACCUCCAGUUUUCAUAGAAUUCUUCUCAUGCCGUCUGCUCAUCAUUGUACGAUGCGCAGGUGUAGGUACCUACUUUGACAAUGGGGAAAACCACCGCGCUGGAACUUCGGCUUGAUGCGCGACCCCAUACCCACAACCGAUCCUUUGUACAGAUCUAAAAGUGCUUGUUGGAACUGACUCGGUCGUUCAGUUCUUCUUACGUUCUGAGAAGCGCACUGGCGGCAAUGCGUCGAUUCCCAUGCGGAGGAACGUAGCUCGAUUCUGCCGCGUUUAGGAAAAACCCCGUAUGAGCAUUCGAGAGUUGCCAAAUUUCCUCAGAUAAAAUUUGUGUUUUUGAGGAGUGUUGUUAAUAUUUUCUCUGGAGUUUUUCAGAUAAUUUAGAUCUAGCUAUGAAUAAAUUCGCUGAAAAUUUCAGAGAAAGAUAUUCACCAAUUUUUCUACGAAUUCAUAUUUUAUUGACGGAAAUUUGGCAAAGUCUGAAGGCUCAUACGGCGUUCUUCCUUAGCACGGCAGCAUGGUUCUAUUCUAACGCAGUAUGAGCCUUGAGACGUUUCCAAAUUUACCUGAAUAGAACAAUGCUUUUUCAGAAAUCAAUAGUUUUGCUUGAAAUUUUCAAAUAUUACAAAAAAUUGCGAAUUCCUUUAAAAAAAUUGAGAUAAAAAAUAUUCAAAAAUUUUCUUGACACUUCGUAUUUUAUCGAAGGAAAUUUGAAAACGUCUCGUGGCUUAUGCAAUGUUCUUCCUUCAGUGUUCCAAGGUAUGAAAGGUGACUCAAACAAUACAGUAUUUUCACAAAAGGAAGACUGUGCAAUUUCAGUUCAAAAUUUUACUGACUUUCACGCAUAAUGGAAGAAAAAUUAUUAAAAAUUUCAGUCAAAAAUGCCCAACAGUCCUUGCAAAAGUGCGAUUCCCUAGUGGAAAUUUUGCAACACUUAAUUGUAAUUACAUUCAUUCGUCUGAGAAAUGACAAAUUCUCUAUGAUUCUAUUUCUCGAAAUUCCGAUUGAUCAGUUACGACUAUAAAACUUGUGUAAAAAUUUUAAAAUUUCACUUAUUCCUUGUUUUUUAUUAUGAGCUGAUUGAUCGAAUGCUCAUUGUAUUUCUGUGAUUUAUUCAGACCGUAGGAUUGUGAUACCCACUGGGUGUGUUUUUGACUUUCAAAAUUGAGACAUCCUCCUACCUAAUUUAUUUGAUUAGAUGUUAAGUUUUCAUGUUCUCAAGAAUGUGUAUUAAUUUAUUAAAUUAUUUAUUUAUUUAUUCAUGCA